GCAGGACUUGAGCUUCAACUUCGACAGACAAGUCUGCGCGCGCCUUGUAGUUAGAAGACCCGGCGCGUGCAGUGCGUGUUCGUACGUCUGUGAGAGAGAAAGAGCUGCAACCCUCUGCUGCGAACAGGGAAGCAGGCAGGCGCGCCGCACGCGGACCCACCGGAAGAAACAGCAGCAGCUUGAGCGCGAGCUGGACGCAGACCGUCAGGAACACCGGCGGCACGAGCGACACCGAGGCGGACAGCGGGGCGGAGAGGAGGAGAAGGGUAAGACGAAGGAGGAGGAGGAGGUACCUGUCGUUUCGCCUCGCCGCCUCCGUCGUGUCUCCCUCUCUGUCGUCUCUUUGCUCACCCUUCGUACCUCUCGGACCGCCGCCGCUUCCUCGUUAAGAUGGCUGACCCCAACAGCGACGGAGAGGCACCGGAGAGCGCGCGCGGCUUCGCCCGCCAGGGAGCCCUGCGUCAGAAGAAUGUGCACGAGGUGAAGAACCACAAGUUCAUCGCGCGCUUCUUCAAGCAGCCGACCUUCUGCAGCCACUGUACGGACUUCAUCUGGGGCUUUGGGAAGCAGGGAUUCCAGUGCCAAGUGUGCUGUUUUGUGGUUCAUAAGCGCUGUCAUGAAUUUGUCACUUUUUCCUGUCCGGGGGCCGACAAGGGACCCGCAUCUGACGAUCCUCGUAGUAAACACAAGUUUAGGGUCCACACUUACUCCAGCCCCACCUUCUGUGACCACUGUGGCUCCCUCCUGUACGGGCUGAUACACCAGGGCAUGAAAUGCGACCACUGUAUGAUGAACAUCCACAAGCGAUGUGUUGCCAAUGUCCCCAGCCUGUGCGGGACAGAUCACACAGAAAGACGGGGACGCAUCCACAUCUCUGCCCAGAUCACUGAUGAGAAACUGGCCGUCACCAUCAAAGAGGCUAAGAACCUGGUGCCCAUGGACCCAAACGGCCUGUCAGACCCCUACGUUAAGCUCAAGCUGAUCCCGGACCCCAAGAGUGAGAGCAAGCAGAAGACGAAGACGAUUAAAUGUUGCCUCAACCCCACCUGGAACGAAACGUUCUCUUUUAACCUUAAAGACAGCGACAAGGACCGCCGUCUCUCGGUGGAGGUGUGGGACUGGGAUUUAACCAGCAGGAACGACUUCAUGGGGUCGCUGUCCUUUGGGAUCUCAGAGCUACAGAAACUUGGAAUAGAUGGAUGGUUUAAGCUCCUGUCCCAGGAGGAAGGAGAAUAUUUUAAUGUUCCCGUCCAGCCGGACGGAGAAGACGGCAAUGAGGCGCUACGACAAAAAUUUGAGAGGGCAAAAGUGGGCCCGGGGAAGCCCACAGACUCCUCUUCCUCUUCAGUAUGCAAAUACGACAGCAACGGCAAUCAGGACCGCGUCAAGCUCUCAGACUUCAACUUUGUCAUGGUUCUGGGCAAAGGCAGCUUCGGCAAAGUGAUGCUGGCAGAAAGGAAAGGCACAGAUGAGUUAUACGCCAUUAAAAUCCUGAAGAAAGACGUGGUGAUCCAAGAUGACGAUGUGGAGUGCACCAUGGUGGAGAAGAGAGUUCUCGCUUUGGCUGGAAAGCCUCCUUUCCUCACUCAGCUGCACUCGUGUUUCCAAACCAUGGACCGGUUGUACUUCGUCAUGGAAUAUAUUAAUGGAGGAGAUCUUAUGUACCAAAUCCAACAGGUUGGGAAGUUCAAAGAGCCCCAUGCUGUGUUCUAUGCUGCAGAGAUUGCUGUCGGUCUGUUCUUCCUUCACUCCAAAGGCAUUGUGUAUCGAGAUCUGAAGCUGGACAAUGUGAUGCUGGACUCCGAGGGCCACAUAAAGAUCGCAGACUUUGGCAUGUGCAAAGAGAACAUGCUUGACGGCAUUACCACUAAGACGUUUUGUGGAACACCAGAUUACAUCGCCCCAGAGAUCAUAGCCUAUCAGCCUUAUGGGAAGUCAGUAGACUGGUGGGCUUUUGGAGUACUGCUUUAUGAAAUGCUGGCUGGGCAGCCACCUUUUGAUGGUGAAGAUGAAGAUGAGUUGUUCCAGUCGAUCAUGGAGCACCAUGUCUCUUACCCCAAGUCCAUGUCUAAAGAAGCUGUUGCUAUCUGCAAAGGGUUGAUGACCAAACAUCCAGGUAAGCGUCUUGGCUGUGGUCCCGAAGGAGAAAGAGACAUCAAGGAGCACGCCUUCUUCCGCUAUAUAGACUGGGAAAAGCUAGAGAACAAAGAGGUCCAGCCACCUUUCAAACCUAAAGCUAAAACUCGCCGCGACGUCGGGAACUUUGACAAGGAGUUCACGAAGAUGCCGGUGGAUCUGACGCCCACGGACAAACUCUUCAUCAUGAACCUGGACCAGAACGAGUUCCAGGGCUUCUCUUACACUAACCCAGAGUUUGUCAUCCAGGUCUAAGGACAUCCCAGAGGUUAGAUGGAGCCCGGGCGCGACUGUACACCGAUCCAAGACGGGCACAUUUAUUUCAUCUAGGACCUGUCCGGAAAACUCAUCUCACAUGUGGAACUCAAAACAACAAACAGACUCUCAGAUGCACACAGAGGGGGGCGGGAAUCACGAUGCAGGACUUUUCACAAACGGAUGAGGAGCAAAGAUUAAAAGCUGCAGAUGACUGGGAUUACUGGGACAACUGAGACUGAGUUUAGGCCGUUUUCAAGGAGUGGCCACAGGACCUCACAAUAAGCAACAGAACACAUUUGUCCUGUCGAGGUGUAUUUGUUUACCCGAUGUCCUGUUCAGCUUUUCAAAGUGACAUCAUGAACAUAUCAGUGUGUCACACACGUCUGUAGUGUGGGAGGGAAGGAAGAUUCUUGAGCUACAACCUCAUGUCUAAGCUAGUCCUCUAAGUCUUAAGCAUGUCUUGUCUUCCAAAUCGAUGCAAAAAC